AUGGUUCGAGGAGGUGCUCUGGUCGGGCUGGAGUCUUGUGAAGGUAUGGGGCAUGUCUUGCACGAUUUAGGGGAUUGGUUGCUGACUUUUGGAGCUGAACGAGGCAGUCAAAAGUGGAGAAGACAAGGCUGGUCGGGUUGGAGCUCUUCUUCUUCAUCUCUUUUACAUACUGACUUGAGCGUCGGAGGCUCUACGCCGGAAACACUUCCGGCGUUGAGUUCUUGCAGUAUGGGUUUUUACGGAGUACAGUGGAUUAGUACUCACGUCCCACUAUUAUCAUUUUCAGGUCACAGGGUCGGUGCUGAGGUUUUCAGAUUUUACCGGUUCAUCAGUAUGAACAAGGAACCCUUUGAGAAUUUUACAGGUCAUGAUUCUUUCGCCGGUAUUUGGAUGCCCAUUCGUUUUCCAAUAUUUUGUUUUAUUUUCUGUGAACAACGGGCAUAUUAUUGGGCUGCUGCCUUCUUGAAAAUGACACCAAAAGGCUUAAUUUAUAGUUUUGUUGCGAAAGGGACUGUGGUUUUGGCAGAGCACACACCUUACUCAGGAAACUUCAGCACAAUUGCCGUCCAGUGCCUGCAGAAGCUUCCUUCUAGCAGCAGCAAGUACACAUACUCCUGUGACGGCCACACUUUCAAUUUUCUCCUUGACGGUGGAUUUGUUUUCCUGGUUGUUGCAGAUGAAACGAUGGGGAGAAGCGUUCCUUUUGUCUUUCUUGAAAGAGUGAAGGAUGACUUUAAACAACAUUAUGGUGAUAGCAUCAAGAGUGAUGGUCAGCAUCCUCUUGCUGACGAUGAAGAUGAAGAUGAUGAUUUAUUUGAAGACCGAUUUAGCAUUGCAUACAAUCUUGAUCGAGAAUUCGGGCCGAAACUUAAAGAGCACAUGCAGUACUGUAUGAAUCACCCAGAGGAAAUGAAUAAGCUAUCCAAAUUGAGGGCUCAAAUAACAGAAGUCAAAGGAAUAAUGAUGGACAACAUUGAAAAGGUACACUCCCAGUGCAGUCUUCUUGUUAUUGGAAGUGAAUCAUGUUAUGGGUUGGAUUGUCAGGCUCUAGUCACUCUCAGACCUUGGUCCAAUAAUCUUUGGGGGAUGUUCUUAGUCGUUUACCUCGAACUCAUCAAGCUGUGA